AUGGAGCACGCGAGCGACGGCUCGAAAAAGUCCUCGGAGGUUACUCGCAGAGAAAAGACACCGCCUAAAGAAAAUAUUAUCACCGUUUGUACUCAAACUACUGAUACCGAAACGACGAAAAUAGUCACCACGACAACGAGCUUGAAUAGGUAUACGUUUAUGAAGAUAAUGGAUGAAGACAAUAGAGAGAAAGAAGACAAGAAAAAUAGGACGCACAGUUGCAGUAGCAUCCCGUACGAUAAUCUAAUCGAAAAUUUGGCGCCGUUCAGGAAGCGCUUUUGCAACAUGCAAUUGUUCAGGGACAAAGAAGAAGAGGAAUCGGAAAAAUCAGCGGAUUCCCCGCGAUUCGAUAUCGAACCGAUCAUCGAAUCGAUCCUCGACAGCAUCCUUGACAUGGCCGUCGAGAUCAUCGACAAGAAUCAAUUGCAUUUGGAGAAAUUGGGCGAAUCGACGUCGGACCGUUCGAUGAAAAUGACGCGCCUGCUGCCCGAAUACAAGACGCACGUGCGCUGCAACACCGCCGACACCGUCGCCCAAUCGCUCUACGUGCCCAAGAUCCUCCAGACGCCGUCGGCGGACAAUCUCAUCGACGCCCGGAACUUCGUCGAGGAGUACGAGGAGUACCACGAGUCCUGCUCCGAGAUGCAGGAUCCCGAAUUGACCAUCGGACAAGUGGAAAACGAGAUACAAAUAUCGAUCGAGCGGGUGUACGCCAAAAAGAAGAAAGAUAAAUCGGUGAAGCACGGCGGCGUCACCAGUCUGAUACCGAUAGAGACCGAUUCGAACGCCGAAGACGAGUCCGACGUCGUGCAGAAUGAUAAGCGACUGUUGGAGGUGGGCGCCAAAUACAACAUCCCGAAGAAUCUGUUCCAGAACACCGAGAUGACGGAGAUAACGGAACAGACGAUCGACGAGUUGCACAGGAACGUCGAGAACAGCGAGAACAAUCCCGACAUGGUCGAGCAGAGCGUCGUCGUCGUGAAUCUAUCGAAAGAGGGUAAAGUCGAAGACGACGACGACGUGUACAGACCGAUAGCGGUCAGUCCCGAUGGGAGAUUUUUCAAAUACGAGGAAGAGAUCGGACGCGGUUCCUUCAAGACGGUGUACAGGGGAUUGGACACGCAAACGGGCGUCGCGGUGGCUUGGUGCGAAUUGCAGGAGAAGAAAUUGAACAAGGCCGAACGGCAGAGGUUCAGAGAGGAGGCGGAGAUGUUGAAGAAACUCCAACAUCCGAAUAUCGUGCGGUUUUACAACUAUUGGGAAUCGCCCGGCACCAAGAAGAAGAACAUCGUAUUGGUGACGGAGUUGAUGUUGAGCGGGACUCUAAAAGCUUAUUUAAGAAGAUUCAAAAAGAUCAACCCGAAGGUGCUGAAAUCAUGGUGCAGGCAAAUACUGAAAGGUCUGGCCUUCCUGCAUUCGCGAUCGCCGCCGAUCAUCCACAGGGAUCUGAAAUGCGAUAAUAUAUUCAUAACGGGCGGCACCGGUUCGGUGAAAAUCGGCGAUUUGGGUUUGGCGACGUUGAAGAACCGGAGUUUCGCCAAAUCGGUGAUCGGCACGCCCGAAUUCAUGGCCCCCGAAAUGUACGAAGAGCACUACGACGAAGGCGUGGACGUUUACGCGUUCGGUAUGUGCAUGCUCGAAAUGGCCACCAGCGAGUACCCUUAUUCGGAAUGCACCGGACCGGCGCAAAUCUACAAAAAAGUCAUAUCGGGGAUAAAACCGGCCAGCUUCGAUAAGGUGCAGAAUCCCGAGGUGAAAGACGUGAUAGAGAAUUGCAUAAGACCGCGGAAGGAGGACAGACCGAAGGUGAAGGAUCUGUUGAAUCACGCGUUUUUCGAAGAGGACGUCGGCCUGAAGGUCGAAGUCGUUUCGCAGGACAAUAUGAAAAUCGUGUUUCGAUUGCGGGUCAUCGAUCCGAAGAAGAGGACGCACAAGCACAAGGAAAACGAAGCCAUACAAUUCGAAUUCGACAUGGAAACCGACAGAUCCACCACGGUUGCCGAAGAAAUGGCGAAAUCCGGAAUCAUAUUCGAGGAUGACGCUAAAACUGUAGCACAACUUUUAAAAACCCAAAUCAACCAAAUUACCAAGGAACGCGAGAAAAAAUCGAAAGAAGAAGAAGCGCUAGCGCAACAGUUGCAUUACCAACAAUACAUUCAACAGCAAGUUGAACAGCAAAUAUCGCAACAACAACAACAACAACAGCAGCAGCAGCAACAACAACAACAGCAGCAGCAACAGCAACAAGUGCAAUCUAGCGUUUCGCAGCAACCUUCGCAAUCGCAGCAAUCGUCUCAAUCUCAACCACAGUCACAAACGAUCAGCGGAUAUCCUCAGACACAGCAAGCGCCUCAAUAUACACAACAAACUUCCUACCAACAACAAAAUUAUCAGCAAGAACCGCAGCUACAAUAUCAACAAGACCAGCAACAGCAACAACAAUACCAACAGCAGCCCGCUCAGCAUACCAUCGAGCAACAAGAGAAAGCUAUGCAAAGCCAUUACAUUCAGCAACAGACGCAGCCAGGGGACGGUUCGAUCGUCUACAACCAACAGCAUUCGGUUAUACAGGAUCAACAACAAGGCGCUUUCCAACAGAAGCAGAUUGUUCAAGAACCCCCUCAAAAUCUCUCAGCUAUGCAGCGACAAACUUCUGUGGAGCCCGUCCAACAACAACCGAUCGUUCUCAAGCAAUCGGCUCCGACGCAUUUUGUCCAACAAAAUUUCAUCGAAGGUCAACCUCAGCAAGCCGAAUACAUGCAGCCUCAUCAAGACGUUAUACCUCAAGCGGAAAAUUUGCACGUACCGGCACAAUCUCACGAUCACCGAUUGAAUAUGGCCGCUCAUAUUGAGAACAGCAUUCAAGAUUUCCAACAAUCGAAUUUCGAGCAACAACCGACCUACGCGCAAGUGGUGCAACAGAAUUUCCAACAACCGCAACCACAAGCCUACCAGCAACAAACCAACGCGGCCAUGCCGAACUAUUCGCCUUACCAAACGCAGGACGGCCAGAAUUACCAACAGCAGACCUUCCAACAGCAACAACAACAGCAGAAUUACGUGCAAGGCCAGCAACAGGAGCAAGUGCUGCACAUUAUUCCGGGUAGCCAGCAAUUCGUGCCGCAGCAGCAACAACAACAACAACAGCCGCAGCAACAGCAGAGUUAUCCGCAACAGGCCCAACAACCGCCACCGCCGCAACCCACGUACCAACAACAAUCGUCCCAACAACCGCCCCAAGCGGCCUAUCAACCCGCUCAACAGGCUCAGCAAGCGAAUUUUAUACCGUCCCAAGCGACGUUCCCGCAAAACUAUACCCAACAUCCGGCACAAGCUACCUAUUCGCACCAACACCAGGUCAACUAUCCGCCGCAACAGCAACAAUUCCAACCCGAACAACCGCAAACCUACCAGCACCAGCAGUUCAUUCAGCAGAACAUCGAUCCCAACCAGCAGCAAAACUACAUGGAUUCCAAUCAGUACAUGUCCAAACAAAUCGAGGUGCAACAAGUGGAACAGAUCCAGUACGUUCAACAACAACAACAACCGGUCACCCAGCCUGCUGAUUUGAACGUCGUGGGAAUUCCGCCUACUAAUUUGGUGGAAUUGCAACAGAAACUGGCCCAACAGCAUUUGCAAGCGCCGCCCAAGGACCAGCACAGAGCUUCGACUGCAUCCCUUCCGCCCAUACCGACCUUCGAACAACAACAACAACAGCAAACCGAUCAACGGAGAUUGUCCACCGUGUCCCAGCCGGCCCUGGUACACGACUACAUCCAGUAUCAAGUCAACACCAACGCGAAUACCACGCAGGUAAUGCCGCACCCGGAAACCCAACAGCUGCGAAACGCGGACAAUUCGAACGCCCUGAAGCCGUACCCGCCGCUGGAGACGAUCCAUUCGGGCGAGACGUUGAGCACCUAUUCGCAGGAGGUGGGCCACACGCCCGUCAUCACGGACAAUUCGCCGGAACAAGUAAGUGCCGAGUCGGCCGCCUCGACCGUCGAUGAGCCGGAGAGGCCGAGGAGGAAGCGCGGCUCGCUAAAAUAUCAAUUGAUUGUCGAUAACGUCCAGACGGACGGCACGGUCGAGUGUCAACUGCUUUGCAAACAGAAAACCGUUAGUUUUAAGUUUAACAGGAUGGACACGAAACCGUCCGAUAUCAUUGAUAAGUUGAUCAGGCAGGAGGUGCUCGACGAGCCGCACAAGCAACUCAAGGAGCACCUGCAGGACAUGAUGGACAAGCUGAAUGCCAACGAGCACGGUUCGGACGGUUGCAAAACCAAACCGUGGACUUAUGUGCAAAAGGUUAGGCAUGCUUCACUUACAAGGCACCCACACAAAAAAACGCAUCGAAGGCAUAAAUCGAGAGACGAUUCGAGCGGGCAAACGUUCGUCAAAUCGAUGUACGUGGACCCGGCGCCGGCGCCCGACGACAUGCAAGCCGUGAAAACCUCCCUGACGGAGAACUUCUACCAGAACCUCCACUAUCGCGAGAGCCUCAACUCGAGCGGCACCGUCUCGCGCAAGACCAGCACCGCGUCCGAGUACACGCCCGAGCACACUUACAUCAUCAACAAACAGCCGGCGCACGUCGAUCCGACCGCCGUCGGCUACGCGAACGAGAACGCGGCGCCGGCGCCGAUGCAAAUGCCCGUCGAAAUGAUCCCGCAGGGCGAGUACAACGCCAUGCAGGCGGGCAGCCCGCCGAAGGGCUCGCUGUGCGACAACAGCGAUCACAUCGACGCCUUCAAGGCCGAGUUGAACAGCAGCUUGUUGCAAAAGGACGCCGCGAAAUUCACGCCCGUGCCCGGCCAAAAGGUCAAUCUCAAAGUGUUCGUCAUGUCGGUGGAUCAGAGCGCCGACGCCGCCGCCGCCAAGGAGUGUUGUUUGCCCAAAGCGGAGGCGCCCAAAGAGACGGUCGUCGACGUUAAAUUGACGACGGACGAUGGCGGUAAAAUCGACGCGUCGAACGAAGGCGAUGCGGGUGGCGAGAAAUUGCAAGAGGCCGGUUUGAGGGUGCCGCAAAGGAAGAUAUCUCGGUUUUUGGUGAGUCCCGUUUUGUCGGGGCAAUUGAACCUUCCUAAAGAUAAGGAUUUCGGUUCCGACGUUACCUCGCCCGCCAACGUUCCCGAUAACGAAUCUCACGUGGCGGAAAAUUGCGACGAGCCGGCGAUGUACCAACCGCACGAGGUCAAAACGAACAUUCCCGGUAACGUGAUCGCUUCGUCGGAACCGCUGAGGAAGAACUCGGCCCCGUUGGAAAACACGCGAGGCGAGUUGGAAAAACCCGAACCGAAGAUGAGCGUUUGUUCUCUAAAAGAAGAAAGCACUUGCGGCAAAGAGGAACCCGUACAGAUCGGACCCGAGCACAUCAACACGUUGGAACAGCUGAAAAUCAGUUUGGACAAUUUGAAACACAGCAGUCACCACAAGAAGGAAUCUUCGGAAUCCGAUUCGAAGAAAGCCUCGUCGAAUGUCGACGUUAGCGUAAAACAGCAAGCGAACAGCGUCCCGACGCAGGCGGCGGCCGGAGCGGCGCCGACGGUGCCGCCUCCGACCUUCGUACCCAAUCAAUCGCAAGCGACCAUACAGCAACAGCCCGCCCAGCAGAAUUUCAAUCAGAACGUCGUGGUGACGUCGCCGCCGGCGCAAAUCCAAAAACCUUUGCCGCAAAUUCAACCGCAACAGGUACCCGUACCAGCUCAAAGUCACCCGCCCGUUCAGCAGACCGCCGCCCAACCGCCGUUGCAGCAACAGUACAACCCGCCCCAGCAGCAACAACACCAACAGCAACAACAAAUACCUGCGAAUAUGACGCCGCAAGUGCAGCAACCGCAGUCGUUGGCGUCUCAAGUGCAACAGCAACAGCCCUUGGCUCAGCAGGUGCAGCAAAUGCAACAAGUGCCGCAGCAGGCGUUGCCGCCGCAAACGCAACAGUCUUUGCCCGUUCAAUCUCUACCGACGCACUCGCAACCGCAAUCGUUACCCUCUCAAUCGUUGCCCAUGCAAUCGAUACCGGCGCACUCGCAACAACCACAAUCUUUACCGCCUCAACAACCGCCGCAAUCGUACACCCAACAGGCUCACAUGCAGCCGCAACAGCUGUUGCCGGCCCAGUUACCGCCGCAACAGACCCAUCUGCCUGCGCAGCAUCAACCACAACAGCAGCAGCAGCAACCGCAUCAACAGACUUCGUUGCCGACGCAGGUGUCGCAUCCGCAAGCGCCGAUGCCGCACCAGCAGCCCCACAUGCCGCAAAACUCUCAAUUGAUGCAACAGCAUCAGCAACAGCAACAAAUGACGCACCAACAGCCGCCCGCCGUGAUUCCUCAGAGCCAAACGGCGCCGAUACCGCAGCAGUAUAUGCCGACGAUGAGCGGCAAUCAGCCGCAAUCGACGAUCGUCGCCACCAGCAUGGCGCAGCCGAAUUUCCCGCACGCUUCAUCGGUGCCGCAACAGUACAUGAGCAAUCCGAUGAACAUAUCCAGCGCUUCCCUAUCGCAACAGCAACAAACCCAGCUGGUGAUGAGCGGCUCGUUGCCGAACCAGCCGGUUUCCGUGCCGUUGCCGUCGCAAUCGCAAUCGUUGUCCGCCAGCGUGCCGCAACACGAAACCGCCAAAACCUAUUCGCAAACGCAAAUAGCGAGCAGCGGCAACGCCGCCAUGCCGCUGACGACGAGCCAACAACAGGCCGUGUUGGCCCCGGAAAGGUCUUACCAACAGCCGGUGCAAUCGCAAGUUCUUCCGCCUUCGUCUCAACCGCAGCAGCAGCAGCAAAUAGUCACUUCUCAACCGGUCGUGAUGCAAACCAUGUACCCGCCACCGAUGUACACCGGCCAUCAGAUGCCGUCUUCGAUGUCCGUGCAGAACUUUUCGGCGCCGCCGCCGCCGCCAUCGACGACAUCGGCCGGUUUCCAACAUUCGAUGUCUAUCGAUGAUACUCUGCAAAACUACGUUCCCGUUGUUAAACUGCCGGAUAACCUCAAUCAGAUACUGGAAAAUUCGAAUAACAAAGGUGGUCAAGGCACGUUGCCGCAAAGCGACGUUAAAUACGAUGCCCAGCUGCAAACGUUGCAACACAAAUUAUCCGCCAUACCUUCGGCUAGGACUUCGCAAACGAAUACUGCGCCAUCUAGUCCUCAACUGAUAAUCGCUUCGCCUGAUUUUCCGCAACCAGAAAACGUGCCUAUUAAUGCAAUUCCUAAUUUAAGCAAACUGCAAUUAGAGUCGAUUAGCGGGCCGAGUAGCGGAACGACGACGUCGGACGUUCUGUCGCCCACCGUCGAAACGGAACACGUUCCGUUCGUCGCGGAAGAUCCGCUCGUUGAGCUGAAUAACAAGUUGAAACAGAUCAAUUGUAGAUCGGACGGUUCGGAGAGAAGGGAUAACGGUAUCGAUACGGCCGUCGAUGCGGCCAAAAGGGACAAUAACGUUAUAGCUAACGUAACGCAAGAAGUAACAGUUAAUGUCGAUAACCAGCACCAAACCGACGUAACGCAACCUUCUAAAGAAAGGAGAAUAUCGCGUUUUCAGGUUAGCCUCGUGUCGGAGCAAGCGGAUAAAAAUUCAAACGAUUCGGAGGUGGUUAAGAAAACCAGCGUCGCUUCCGACACGUCGGAACACAAAAGAGAAGCCGAUUUCGCCACAGUUAUUAAUACCACAUUCGAUUCUUUAAAAACUACUUUAGUCAAAUCGUUGCCUAGCGGAAGCGCGGAAGAAGGACACCCGCAAGAAGAAGAAAAGAUUUCCAAUAUAAAAGAGGAAACGUUCGAGGAGAUGCUGAACAGACAAAAGGCUGAAUUGAACGCUUUAAUGGAAGCUCAUAGAAAGCAACAGUUAGAAUACAUGGAGUUUCAUCGAAAACUAACUGAAGAGAGUAAAAAAACAUGA